GUCUUGAACUCACCGGCUGUCUUGUAUUUACUGCGUGUCACCAGUCGAGUCAAAAAUAACGUCUAACGUAGGUAGUUCACUAGCUAGCUGUUCAUCUAGCUACACACAAAAGGAUUGCUCUCUUUGUUUAAUGAUUUUAUUCAUUCGCGUCAUUUUGUAGCUAGCGAAGUGAGCAGUAAAUCAAAUCCUCAUUCCUCGAUAGCUAUUAAGCUAGCUAGCGAGCUUGCUAACGUUUCCCCAUUUGUGCUAUCUCGGCUAGCUAACUAACUAACUAGCUACAGACAGAAGCAAUGUCCAUGUAACUGUCAUCGAUGCAUUAAACAUCUAGCGUUGUGUGACACAUUCAGGUUGCAGGCAAGCUGUGGGUGGUCUGCUUAGCACUGAUUUGUUUGCCGAGUUCGAUUAGUCUCAGCACCAUGAGCCUGGUCCGCGUCGUGUGUCGUCACAAGACGGCCCUGGCCAUUGGAGGAGUGUGCCUCUUUGCUGUUGUCCUCCUUUUCCUCGCCAAGUGUACCUCGGAGACCCUAAAACAGGGCCAGGCCGACCCUCCAGGCCUAGCCCCUCACGCUGCCCACUCCCAGCCCCGAGCAGAGCACCCUGAGCUCCCCUCACGCCUCAAAGACCUCUCGGCCUUCCUGGUGGUCCUCAUCACCACAGGACCCAAGUACACAGAGCGCAGGAGCAUCAUCCGUAGUACCUGGCUGGCUAAGAAGGAUCCGGAGGUUCUAGCUAUGUUCGUGGUGGGGACCGAGGGGCUGCCCGCAGAGGAUAUGCAGAACAUCAACACGGAGCAGGGGCGCCACAAAGACCUGCUCUUACUCCCCGCGCUGCGAGACUCGUAUGAGAACCUGACCCUGAAGCUGCUCCAUAUGUAUUCCUGGCUGGAUCACAACGUAGACUUCAAGUUUGUGUUAAAAGCGGACGAUGACACUUUUGCUCGUCUGGACCUGUUGAAGGAGGAGCUGAAGACUAAAGAACCCAGCCGGCUGUACUGGGGCUUCUUCUCAGGCCGCGGUCGCGUGAAGACAGCAGGGAAGUGGAGGGAGUCGGCCUGGGAGCUGUGUGACUACUACCUACCCUACGCCCUGGGUGGAGGCUACCUGCUCUCCUGCGACCUCGUACACUACAUCCAGAUCAACACGGCCUACCUCAAGGUGUGGCAGAGCGAGGACGUGUCACUGGGGGCGUGGCUAGCCCCGGUGGACGUCAAACGAACACACGACCCUCGAUUCGACACGGAGUACAAGUCUCGGGGGUGUAGUAAUAAAUACCUGGUGACUCACAAGCAGAGCCUGGAGGACAUGUUGGAGAAACAGCAGACGCUGCAGAGAGACGGGAGGCUGUGUAAGGAAGAGGUUAAACUCCGCCUGAGCUACGUGUACGACUGGAGCGUCCCGCCCUCACAGUGCUGCCAGAGGAAGGACGGAAUACCCUGACCUAUAACCCCUAACCUUCCUCACUUUGUCCACCCAUGUAAUUCUCAUCAGUGUUUCCCCUACUACGGUUACCCAGGCGGUGUGGUGCUCCCCCUAAGCCUUACUCUGUUCUGUUGUGCCCCCCCUUCCCUGUAAAACAUUUGUGCUGCCUUCAGUUGACCUCCAUAGAAGAUGUCUGUUAUGGCAGCCCGCCCGAAAAGACCUGAGGAAAACACUGAUCCCCAUUCCCUUUUAUAUAUGUUUAUUUAUUUAUUUAUUCUGGAGCCUUUGCUGACUGUCCUAAAGCACACUGGUACAGGACUGGGAGAGUGGACCUGACUGGGUGCAGCCACACAACAGGAGACCGUCUUUUAUUAAUAACAGCACAUGUAUGUUGGGAGAAAGUGUACUUAAAGGAACCAGUAUUCAGCUUUCUGGUUGGACAAUGACAAGACUCGAGUCAUUCCUGAAUCUGUUUAAAAUGUCCUGGAGACUCUCUUUAAGUAGAAGUGGCCCUAUUUAUGAAUGUGAUGGAAGUGAUUCUCUUAAUAUGAAAAUGUGGUGUAUUGCUUCAGAACAAUGGUACAGAAUGAGCCAGUCAUGGGUUCAUGGUAUUUGGAGUUGCAUUGAGACAAUGUGUAAUAUUGUAGGCCUCGCUCUCCUCUCCCCUGCUUACUGAGAGUUCUGUUCAGUUGAGAGAUUUACCUUACCUGCUGUCUGUGUUUGGUUGACGUAUUUACAGUCCAGUGAUGGUCAACAGAGCUGUUUGUGUUCAGCUGAGCUACUCUACAGGCAAUUUUCCAGCUGAUAUUCGGUUACUUUUAAACCAAAAAAAAAGACUGCUUCUAUUAAUGUCAUUGAAAGAAACCAACCGUUGUGUUAUUGUGUGACUGACUUUGACCGUGUCCUCUCAUCACCAGUGUUGUUUAAAACCUACUGUCAAACUACUUAAAUAUGAAUGUUUAAAAUAUUUGGACCUAUUAAAAUGUUUUUGAAACAUGUA